GAAACAGGGAGGGGCAUAUAAGUAUCAAAGAAAGGGAACAAUGUUCUUGAUUUCGGACUUUUUAGAACAUAUUCUUUCAAAUACUAUUUUUAAAUUCUUUCUUAUCUUUGCUUCUUAAACUGAUAAAGACCUCUUCUUUUAUUCUUUAAUAAAAAAUAUGAGGAAAAAUAAAUUUAAAAUAAUGAUAAGUAAAGCCUCCUUUACAGUUGAACUCUUCUUCUGCUAUAUUUUCUUUUUAAUUCUUUUGUGUUUGAUCGAAGACCAAACCUGAAGAAGAAAGCUCCAAAGAAAAAUACGCUUUAAAUCCUUUCAGAAUAAACAUGUCGGAUCCACUUUAUAUAUUUAAUAAGUCUCAAUCCGAAAUAGUAGUUGAAUCUCUGUUAUCUUCAAGCAAUCUCAGAUCUUCAAUGCCAACUCAACAACUCCAGUCCUUAAGAGUCUUUGUGGCAACAUGGAACGUGGGAGGGAAGUCUCCACACUCUGGUCUUGAUCUUGAUGAUUUGCUUCACGUCCACAGCGAGUUUGAUAUAUACGUUUUAGGUUUUCAGGAGAUUGUUCCAUUGAAUGCUGGAAAUGUUCUUGUCCUUGGAGACAACGAGCCUGCUGCUAAAUGGUUAGCUAUGAUCAACCAGUCCUUGAACAAAUCAUCAGCAGCAGCAUCAUCAUCCUCUGGUGGAAGACUUGGUCCUAAAACCCCAUCUUUUGGCGCUGGAUCGAUGUUCUUUGCCAAACCUUCUUUGAAGAAGAUCAGUGAGAGUUUCAGAACGGAUUGCAGGAGGAAGCUGAAGAUAUGUAACUGCAGCUCCUUCUCUGAAGAGAUUGUGAAAAAGUACGGGAGAGAAUCUUGUUUCAGGUGUCCAGAAUCUCUUGUUAACCAGACUGAUUUACUUUGUGAUGAUGACGAAGAUGAUGAGGAUGAUGAUGAGGAUGAUGAUGAUGAUGAUGAUGAAGAUGAGGAAGGUGGAGGAAAGGUUGCUUCUCUUGUAAGCAACCAGAUGAUGAUGAAGUAUGGUUUAGUGGCAUCAAAGCAAAUGGUGGGAAUAUUCCUCACUGUGUGGAUGAGAAAGGAGCUUAUUCAACAUGUUACUCAUCUCAGAAUCUCUUGUGUCACCCGUGGAAUCAUGGGUUGCUUAGGAAACAAGGGAUGCAUAGCUGUGAGUUUGCAGCUCUACAAGACGAGCUUCUGCUUCAUUUGUAGUCAUCUAGCUUCCGGUGAGAGAGAAGGAGAUGAACGCCGUAGAAACUCAGAUGUGAUUGAGAUUCUCAAGAACACAACUUUCCCUAGAAUCUGCAGAACGUCUUUCACCCGUGUCCCCAAUCGAAUCACUAAGCAUGAUCGGGUCAUCUGGCUUGGAGAUUUGAACUACAGAAUAGCUUUAAGUUACACAGAAACAAAGACACUCUUGGAUAAAAACGCUUGGGACACUCUUCUUAACAAAGAUCAGCUCAAGAUUGAAAGAGACGCAGGAAGAGUGUUUAAAGGAUGGCACGAAGGCAAAAUCUUCUUUGCACCAACUUAUAAGUACUCUUAUAACUCAGAUGCUUACGCAGGAGACGCUACUAAAGAGAAGAAGAACAAGAGAAGAACUCCCGCCUGGUGCGACAGGAUUCUUUGGCACGGUGAUGGAAUUCGGCAGCUCUCGUACGUCCGCGGCGAGUCGCGAUUCUCCGAUCACCGGCCGGUCUGCUCCGUGUUUGUCGUCAACGUUGAGGUUUGCGAGGGUAGAACUGGAGCUAGGAGACAAUAGUUUACAUCAACUGUUGACAUCUUGGUAGAUAUAUAUGUAAGCCACACUGUUUUAAUGUUAUUAUGAUGUUGUGACUAGCGAACCUUUGGAGUUGAGUAGAGUAUUACAAUGUGUUGUGAGAAACGUCAUUCCAGCUAAUGUUGGUUUGUCUUGUCGAUUAAGAAGUCUACAAAAACAGGUUGAAGAUCGGUCUUUGAACUGAUGUUAUAUGUUA